AUGGCGGAGGUCCUUGCCGCACGCCUGGCUGUCCAAGAGGAACAAAUUAAAGAUCUAACUCUGGAAAUAACAAGUCUCCGCGAUAGUUUAGGUCAAGGAUUUUAUGCAGAUGGGCAGGAUUUUGCUUCCCCAGAGCUGGAGACCCUGCGGACCGAGAAUGAGAAGCUGAAAUACCGGCUCGUGCACCUCCGCCGUGGUGUGCAGGCGGAGCUGAAGCUAGUGCAGAGAGUGUGUGAGCAGAUCCCUGUGAGAGCCUGCGACCAGUACAAGCCCACCAAGAACCAGGAGCAGUGUCACAAACCUGCCAGUAAUAAGAAGGAGAGGAAAACGGAUGAUUCAAAUAAGAUAAAAAAAAAACAGGAAAAUGCUGCGAGUGGUGUGAAAGAGCUUAAGCCAUGGCCUGAGUACAUAAAGGAUCGCCUCAGCCUUUAUGAUGAACUAAAGAAGGAGAGUGAUGCUUUACUCGCUCAGAGAGCUGUCAAAAACACGCCCAUCAGCAUAGAGCUUCCAGAUGGCCAAAAAAUAGCAGGCAAAGCCUGGGUCACCACACCAUACCAACUGGCUUCAGAAAUCAGCCAAGGUUUAGCUGACAAUGCCGUAAUUUCUCGAGUGAAUGGUGAGCUUUGGGACCUGGAUAGACCUCUGGAACAGGACUGCUCUCUUGAGAUCCUACGCUUUGACAAUGAAGAUGCUCAGGCGGUUUACUGGCAUUCAAGUGCGCAUAUCCUCGGCGAGGCCAUGGAGCGCUUUUAUGGGGGCUGCUUAUGUUAUGGUCCACCAAUUGAGAAUGGGUUUUACUAUGACAUGCAUUUAGAUGGACAAAAGGGAGUGUCAAGUACUGAGUUUGGGGACCUGGAAACAUUGUGCAAGUCGGUGAUGAAAGAAAAGCAACCAUUUGAAAGACUAGAAGUCAGCAAAGAGACACUACUCAAAAUGUUUAAGUACAACAAGUUUAAAGCUCGGAUUCUGAAUGAGAAAGUAACCACCCCAACCACUACAGUGUACAGAUGUGGACCCUUGAUUGACUUGUGUCGAGGUCCCCAUGUUCGACACACAGGCAAGAUCAAAGCUUUGAAGAUUUAUAAGAAUUCUUCAACAUAUUGGGAAGGUCGCUCCGACAUGGAAACAUUGCAAAGGAUCUAUGGGAUUUCUUUCCCAGAUUCAAAAAUGUUGAAGGAGUGGGAGCGGUUUCAAGAGGAGGCCAAGAAUAGAGACCAUCGCAAGAUUGGCAAAGACCAAGAACUUUUCUUUUUUCAUGAUCUCAGCCCCGGUAGUUGCUUCUUCAUGCCUCGUGGAGCAUACAUAUACAAUACUCUAAUAGAGUUCAUCAGGAGUGAGUAUUGGCGAAGAGGCUUUGAAGAAGUUGCUUCCCCCAACAUAUACAACAGCAAACUCUGGGAGACAUCUGGCCACUGGCAGCACUACAGUGACAACAUGUUUUCUUUCCCUGUGGAAGAUGAGGUUUUUGCCCUGAAGCCAAUGAACUGCCCUGGACACUGCCUCAUGUUUGGCCACAGACCUCGCUCGUGGAGAGAACUUCCAUUGAGACUGGCAGACUUCGGGGUGCUUCACAGAAAUGAACUCUCAGGCACUCUGACAGGACUGACCAGAGUACGUCGGUUCCAGCAGGACGAUGCGCACAUUUUCUGCACCAUGGACCAGAUUGAGGCAGAGAUGAAAGAGUGCCUGGACUUCCUUCGCUGUGUCUAUGCUGUGUUCGGGUUCUCCUUCCAACUCAACCUUUCCACUCGUCCUGAAAAGUAUCUGGGUGAUAUUUCUGUGUGGAAUCAAGCUGAGAAGCAACUGGAGAGCAGUCUAAAUGACUUUGGGGAACCAUGGAAACUUAAUCCUGGAGACGGGGCAUUUUAUGGUCCCAAAAUUGACAUUAAAAUUAAAGACGCCAUUGGCCGCUAUCAUCAGUGCGCAACGAUUCAACUGGACUUUCAGUUGCCUAUUCGCUUCAACUUGACGUUUGUGGGAAAGGAUGGCGAUGACAAAGCCAGACCGGUCAUCAUUCAUCGAGCCAUUUUGGGUUCAGUGGAGAGGAUGAUUGCUAUUUUAACAGAAAAUUACGCAGGAAAGUGGCCACUGUGGCUUUCUCCAUGUCAGGUGAUGUUGGUACCUGUUAAUCCAUCAUUGGAGGAUUAUGCAAAAAAGUUGUGUAAGCAGUUCACAGAUGCAGGUUUUAAUGCUGAAGCCGAUUUGGACUCUAGCUGCCUCUUGAAUAAGAAAAUCCGGAAUGCACAGUUGGCCCAAUAUAACUUCAUUCUGGUGGUUGGAGAGAAGGAGAUGAUGACUAACAGUGUCAAUGUGCGCACAAGAGACAACAAAGUCCAUGGAGAGAUGUCGGUGGACGAUGUUCUGAAUCGCUUGAUAUUUCUUAAACAGUCUCGCUGUCAAAGCGCUGAAGAGGAAUUUUGA